UAACCUGUAUAUCCUAUAAGAGAAUCCCGCGAGCAUCAUUACAACCUAUUUCAUCAUGGCCUAAGCCGGAUACUGUUUUCCACACGCUUCAUGUAGAUAUUUUAGGGCCUUUGCCAGAAUCAUAUGGCUAUAAACAUGUAAUGAUAGUCAUCGACGCCUUUUCUAAGUAUUGUCUCAUGUAUGCUCUCUACAAACAAGAUCUUGAUGAAUUAAAGCGUGUGUUUAAAAAUGUUAUAUCGCUGUUUGGUACUCCACGUCUUGUCGUUACUGAUAGGGGUCGAAUGUUUGAGUCAUCGGGAUUCAUAAAGUGGAUGAAUGGUUUCGGGUGUAACAUACAUCAUAUAACACCUGAGAUGCACCAUGCUAACGGUCAGGUGGAGCGAUACGUGCGUACUGUACUUAAUAUGUUACGCAUAGAGGCCAGUCAUAAAAAGAAGAAGUGGUCUGAGGAAUUAUGGCGUCUGCAGUUGGUGCUCAAUAUUACUAAGCAAAAGACGACACAAAUGUCUCCAUUGAACCUUUUAAUUGGUUCUGAGGGGACAACUCCUGUGAUACAAGCUUUAGUCCGUGAUGUGGCUACUGAUUAUUCGGGAUCAAAUCGCCAGUCUUUACGGGAGUUAGCUAGGCAAAGGACGGCCGAACGUCUCAAAGAAAAUGAAAAGAAACAAAAUGAAUAUGUGAAUAAGGGACGUGAAUCGCCUCGCGCAUUUCAAGUCAAUGAUUUUGUAUUCGUCAUUAAGUACUCUCAAUCUAAAGGAAAAUUAGAUCCUGGAAUGCGUGGCCCUUAUAAGGUGACAAGAAUUCUUGAGAAUGGACGAUAUGAGUUACGGCUUGUGGCUGGAGACUAUGGCAAGCUGACUUAUGCUGCCGCUCAGUAUAUGGUGCCUUGGAAUGGAGAAUGGACCCCUGAUGAGUGUGCCGCUUUCUUUGAUAGUGUAGACCAAACCGAUGAGUUGACCCCUACGAGUAUAAAUUACCCUAUGGAAAUUAUCAGCGCCUUUGACCGAGGUGAUAAAGAAGCUGGACCUCAGACUGACGAGGACGCCAGGACAUCAGGAGAGGCCGUAUAAGGAGAAUUAGUGUGACUUUCCGAACGUCAUGCGUCAAGCUGUC